AUGACGAAGAAGAUUGCACUUAUCAGUAAAAGUUACUUGUCUGGUAUUGAAACUUUGAGUGGAACUAAUUUUAAGAAAUGGAAGGAACAAAUUGGAAUUGUUUUGGGAAUUAUGGAUUUAGACUAUGCAUUAAGAGAGCCAGCUCCUACAAAGCCUAAUGAUACAAGUUCUAAGGAACACAUGGCUUUAUAUGAAAAAUGGGAACUCUUUAAUCGCUUAAGUCUAAUGAUUAUGAAAGGCUCAAUUACGCUUGCAAUUCAAGGAGCGAUUCUUGUUUCUGAAAGUGUAGUGAGCUAUAUGAAAUCUAUUGAUGAACAAUUCAUUGGAACCUCCAAAUCCCUUGCUAGUACUCUCAUGAUUAAAAUGAUGACAAUGAAAUAUGAUGGUGUGGUGUUCGUGAACAUAUCUUAA